AUGCUCAGGAGCACUGCUAUUACCUCAAAUACUCCAGGGCAGAGCACUGGCAUUAAAAAGCACUUCCAGGAGCUGGUCAGACUCCCGGAAGCCAUUGUUAAGCAGCAUAUUGAUCCCGGCCAGCGCCAACUCGGAGUCCUCGAUGGGCAGAGGCGACGCCUCUCCGGUGUCGCCGUCCUGCUCGGAGCCGGCCAUAGCAAUGGGCAGGUGGGAGACCCGCCCAGCAGGCUCCGUCCUCCUGCACGGCGCUCAGCCUCCACGGGCAGAGAGGAAAAAGCAGCACAACAAAGCCGAGACUCCCUCGCUCGCUCCUGCCCACCCUCCCAGGCAGCGUCAACCUUCCCCUGUCCCUCCCUCGGUGGCGGCAGCGCCAGCGCCAGCGCCAACCGCUUUUCUGUGCUCCCGCAGCCGCCAAUGUCAGCCGCUGUGAGUUGCGCGGCCGGUUACGAGGGACUCCGCAGCCCUUUAGGGCUUGCCGCUGGCGCGCCUGCGCAGGACUGCGUAAGCCUGCGUAGCACUGGCGCUGAAGCCGUUGCCCAGAGUGCUGGUUGGUACCUGCUUGGAGUGGCUGUUCUCGCUUCCCAGUGGAGAAAUCUUGGGCGGGACCCCUUUGUUGAUUUCGACUUAUGGCGACCCUAUGAAUCAGCAACCUCCAACAGCAUCUGUCGUGAACCACCCUGUUCAGAUCUUGCAAGUUCAGGCCUGUGGCUUCCUUUAUGGAAUCAAUCCAUCUCUUGUUUGGCCUUCCUCUUUUUCUACUCCCUUCUGUUUUCCCCAGCAUUAUUGUAUUUUCUAGGCAAGACCUGCCUGGACUUCAAAGCAGAUUGUGAAGCCAAGCCUUGGCCCAAAUUCAAUGUGAACAUGUGACUGCAGUUUAAUCCAGAAAACAAAACAGGAAAAUGCACAUCUUCCUAAUUGCAGUGGGUUGGAUCCAGACUAAGGCUGAAAUCCUAUACAUGUUUAUCUGGGAGCAAGUGUCACUGAAGUCAGUGGGGCUUACUUCUGAGUAGACAACUCCAGGAAUACACAACACAUGUAGAUUGUUAUUAAUAUGAUGUUUAUCCUGCCAUUCCUCCCAAAGGA